AUGUUGGAGCCGCGUUCCAUCUUCACAGGUAAUGACACGACGACGUCUCUAGACUCGACCCCAGCACAGCCCAACAUCGACACCGGCGAAGAUCGCGAAUCUUUGGUAAAAACACCAGACACCCCGGACCCGCCCUGUCCCCUGGACCCAUCGUCCAACUUUCCCAACUUGCUGCCCCCAUGGACCCCCAAAUCGCCACUUGACCAUCGUGACUGCAUCAAGCACCCCGGCUCUGCGCCGCCGCUGCAUGGCAGUCGACGAGACAGUGGGAAACUUGUCGCCUCAACACCACCUGCUAUCCUUGGGACAAAGCGGCCGCCGCCCCUCUUCAGCGACACCCCGCCCGCAUCGCGACUCCCUGAGCCCGCGAGCGAGCCUCUCCACAAGCGUCGCAAACUUCUUCCACGCUCGCACCACGCCCUCCGCCAUUCGGAUUUCUCAAAAACCGCCCAAAUUCGGCAGAACAAUCAGCCUCCCUCGCCCCUCUUCUUCUCAUCGCGAAGUACCCGGCCACAACUCCCAGCGCGCUUCUCUAGCUCAGAGGCCGCUGCCAGAAUGCUCAGUAAAACUCGCGAGGAUAGUGGCAUUAAGACGGUCACGCUUGCAAGAGGCACAUUUAGCGGCCUGAGCCCGCCAGGCCCGACAACCGGGACCAGUGCGAGGUCGUCGGAGCGCUCGAGUCUGGCACGGACAGCAUCCCCGGAUUCGCGCGACAAGAGCGACCCGUUGCGCUUACUGGGCUCCGUCGGCAUAGUCGAAUUGCUCGAGCAAGAUGGGCGACCAACUUUUAUCGUCGACAUGGGUGAUUUUGCCAAUUACACACCGGAUACGUCACCCCUGCAGAUAUUAUUUGCCAACAGUGCCCUGCGUUCAAGUCCAUCAACUUGGGAGUUGGUAGCCGGAAAGCCGGCCGACUCUCCUCUGGAAAAUUCAAAUUCGCAUGCAACACAUCAGUUUCGGGGUUGGUUGUUGAGUACUACAGUUCCGGGCCAAGGUUCAGACGUAAACCCUCCGCCUGUAGAUCAUGGCGGUAUUGUGUGGUCAUGUUACACAUUGCGAAGACGCCUGCGCGUCGUUUCUGGUGUCGCAUCCGCACCUGCAAUAGUCUUACCCGCCGUGGACGCACCAAAUGAUUUUGUCAUACCCUCAACUCCGUCUGCAGAUCUCGUUUCGGGGAACAACGCAGAGAGCAAUUCAUCGGCAGCUCAAAAUAAUGAACCACAAGAUUAUUUUGGUAGUACUGUGCCCAUCGUCCCUCAAGGAGAACCUACGCCUCCCAUUUCUGCACCCCCACCCAAUCCCAGCUUCCCAAAAUUUGGCGAAGACGGCAGUGAAGCUAUUCCUCGGCCGUCAAAAAUCGGCUUCCCGUCAAUAGAAGAUUCGCUUUCUUAUGCAAAUGAGUGCGUAUUGCGAGCAAAUACAGCGGGCGACAUUGACUCUUUCCACAGCGAAACCCACAGUCCUCCGGAAGAUAACCAAGAUAUGGGCUUUUUCGAUUGGACCAGGCUAGCAGUAUCGCCAUCUCUUCCCAGACACAUUCAGUUUGCCCGGUCAAUCGACUGGGCCUCCACGCCUUUAGGUCCAAUCGAAUAUUGGUCCAACGACCUGCGUGCCAUGUGUAACCUUAUCAUGGCGAGUCCCCACCCAGCAGCUAUGUACUGGGGCGAAGAGCUUGUAGCCAUCUACAAUGAGGCUUACAUCGGACUCGCCGGCCAAAAACACCCCGCGCUAAUGGGCCAGAGCUACAAAGUUGCCUGGGCGGAGAUCUGGGAUGAGGUCAAGGGCGUCUUCGCGAACGCACGUCUAACCGGCCAAGCGACAAUGAAGGACGAUGAUUGCCUCUUCAUGAAACGGAAUGGCUUUCUGGAAGAAACCUACUUCUCCUGGUCCAUCAUCCCCAUGGUCGGAGAAGAUGGCACAGUCAUGGGCCUGUACAACCCAGCCUUUGAGAAGACAAGACGAAAAAUCGCCGAGAGACGGAUGCUGACACUUCGCGAAGUUGGAGAGCGGACUGCGACUGCUCGUGAAGUCAAAGGCUUCUGGGAUCAAGUGCUAAUUGCAUUGACCGAGAACGAAUUCGAUACUCCAGUGGUCAUGCUCUACAGUGUGAAUGACGAGAAUGACAGUGAUUCUUCCUCGUUGCAUUCCAGCAGCUUGCUCGGCUCAAAGCAGUGUUUCCUCGAAGGCUCCUUGGGUGUACCAGAUGGUCACCAAGCAGCACCCGACCAAAUUGAUCUCAAAGAAGGACAGGAAGGCUUUGGGCCCGUUUUCCGAGAAGUCAUGAAGACCGACAAACCGGUAGUCGUGAGCAUCGGCUCGGGGGAUUUGCCAUACGCUAUGAUGGAAGGACUCGAAUGGCGGGGCUUCGGAGAUCCUUGCAGGGAUGUGGUGAUAUGCCCAAUCCAUCCCACCACAGGCGAAAACAUUCUUGGCUUUCUGAUCAUGGGUAUCAAUCCGCGAAGACCCUACGAUGACGACUACAACCUUUUCGUCCAACUUUUGAGCCGGCAACUAGCGACGUCGUUGGCUUCAGUCGUGCUAUUCGAAGAAGAGAUACGGAGAGGUCAAAGGGCAGCCCGACUAGCCGCAGAAGACAGGUACCAUCUGUCCACUCAGCUUGCUGCACGUACACAAGAAGCUCGUGAGAGCGAAACGAGAUUUACUCGAAUGGCAGAGCUAUCACCCGCAGGUCUUUUCAUCGCCGAUCACGUUGGAAGAAUAACAUACUGCAACGACACGUGGUACGAAAUCGCACGAGUGCCGAGAGAACCAGAGUUGACCGACAGAUGGAUCGACUUCGUCAAGGAGGAGGACCAAAGCCUUAUUCUGGAGCAUUGGAAAAAACUGGUGAAUAAUACGACGCCAAUCAAUAUCGAGUUCCGAUUCAAGGCGCCUUGGGAGGAUCGAAAUCGCAACAAGAGUGACACGUGGGUUUUGUUCCAGGCCUUUCCAGAAAAAGAUGAGCAUGGGCAGCUUAAGAGUGUUUUUGGAAGCAUCACCAAUAUCAGCCCGCAGAAAUGGGCAGAGGGAUUCCAGAAGAGGAAAAUGGAGGAAGCAGUGGAGCUCAAACGACAACAAGAGAACUUCAUCGACAUCACGAGUCAUGAAAUGCGAAAUCCUCUUUCCGCUAUCCUGCAAUGCGCCGAUGAGAUUAGCACUAUCUUGAGUGAUUUCCGGGCUUCCGGCUCAAAAGUUAUGGACGCGGGUAUUCUGGCCGAUUCCAUCGAUGCGGCGCAGACUAUUGCCUUGUGUGCACAGCAUCAGAAACGAAUUGUUGAUGAUGUCCUGACGUUAUCGAAGCUUGACAGUGCAAUGCUCAUGGUGACCCCGGUUGACACACAGCCAUUGCAAGUCGUCCAACGUGCAUUGAAGAUGUUCGAAGGAGAAGUACAGACAGCUGGUAUCCAAAUGGAAUUUGUCCUUACAGAUUCUUUCACGCGGUUGGGCGUUGAUUGGGUCAAGAUUGACCCGUCACGAGUACUACAAGUCCUGAUCAACCUGACCACCAAUGCAAUCAAAUUCACCACCACAGAGGAGACAAGGACCAUCAAAGUCGUCCUCUCAGCGUCCCGCGAACGACCAUCAGCGAGCAAGAAUCCUACUGUUAGCUACUUCCCUAUGCGAGCCAAGCGAACAGACCAGACCUGUGGCCCCGACUGGGGCGAUGGCGAAGAGAUUUUCUUGGAGUUUGCAGUUCAAGACACAGGCCGGGGGCUUAGCCCCGAAGAGAAGAAGCUGCUGUUCCAACGGUUCUCCCAAGCAAGCCCGCGAACACACGUCCAAUACGGUGGAUCUGGCCUCGGCUUGUUCAUAUCCCGUGAACUCACAGAGUUACAGGGAGGCGAGAUUGGCGUUUCUUCUGAGGCUGGUAAGGGAAGUACUUUUGCUUUCUACGUCAAGUGUCGGAGAAGCAGUGAGCCACAAGAACCUCUGGAGGUUCUCCCAGUAGCGACUCUUUCACGGAAGGUAUCAAAUGCCAAGGACCGAGGAGGAACUACAUUGUCCGUACCAUCAAAGGUCAAGGACUUUGCGACCCUGAACAACAAGAGCGGUGCAGCUUCAAAGCCUAAGCUGAAGAAGAGGGAGCUCAAGGUAUUGAUCGUGGAGGACAAUCUUGUCAACCAAAAAGUCCUGCAACGACAGCUCCAUAACCAAGGCAUCCAAACCAUCGUCGCAAACCACGGCGGCGAAGCGCUCGAUGCCCUGAAGUUAUCCACCUUCUGGGCCUCUCCAUCUCCGACGGCAUCCCCCUCUUCUCCCACCGAUAUCUCAGUCGUUCUCAUGGACAAAGAAAUGCCCGUUAUGGACGGCCUCCAAUGUACCUCGAAGAUCCGCGAACUGGAGCAAGACGGAAUGUUAAAAAGCCACGUUCCCAUCAUCGCUGUCACAGCGAAUGCAAGAAGCGAGCAAAUUGCCACAUUGCUCGCAGCAGGCAUGGACGACGUCGUCAGCAAGCCCUUUAGAAUCGGCGAGUUGAUACCCAAGAUCGAGGAAUUGGCGAAUAGAUUCAAAGAUAAAGCGAAGCUUCUUCCAGGCGAAGUCAGUUUAGUGGCGCCUAGUUCGACCAUCUGA